GACUGUUAUAUUUUCUGUAAUCCUUCUGUCUUUUUUGUGAAGCUGUCUUGCCCCUCCUGGACCUUGAGCUCUGUGCUACUCUGUUCAGCCUCUAAACAGGUUCAUCUCUCCUGGAAAUAAAUUAGGGUUUCUUUAGGUUGCAAAACACCAGCCAGUAUACAGCACUGGGACAGGAAGCCUCUAGAAGUCUUUUCCUGCACAUGUUAUGUAUGCUAUACCUUCCGAAUACUACCACUGGCUCUUAUAGCCUUUCAUAAUGGCCCUUCUCUUACUCUUCUUGGGUGCCUGGUGGAAGCUCUCUGUUCUGGUCUGAAAAGCCAGGACUCCUUUAUCUCAAGAUACUUGCACUUCCUAGUGAGCCCCUUGAAUAUUGUGGGUGCUGUAUUGGGAGUGAGGCCAUCAAAACAGUGGGGUUUCUCCAGCUUUAAGAUGCUGCUGUCUUUUAAGCUACUGCACUCAAUAGCUGACUGGAUAUAUAGUGGGAUAGCAUCCUCAAGGGGCCCAGAAUAUCACUGGGCUGCACAGGGGGUGAGGCUGGGGGUGAAAAUGAUCCUGCAUACCUUCCAUUAACUGUAAAUGCCCUUCUCUCACCUCACAUUCAGGGAACCCCUUAGCUAACCCCUGAGAACUAGGAGGAGGAAGCGUGAGAUGAAAAGAGAACAGAGAGUUGCAGGCCCAGGCCUAUACUGGGCCCUUGCUCUGGCUGUAUCUUUUCAGUUUCUUCGAGUGUCCCCUGUGCAGGUUAAGGAAUUCAGUUGGUGAGAGGACUCUCUCCUUUCCUCCACAGGCAUGGGGGUAUGUGGUUCUCGUCUCUUCCCUAGAAAGCCUGGUGGUCUUGUUUCCCACCAACUGAUAGCCCCCUUCCUCUUUUCUUCUGUGACUCUGAAAAGACCAUGGACUUUAGAGUGAGCACAGUCUAUUUUUGAAUCCUAGCACCACUGCUUGAAUAGCUUAGGUAACUCGCAUAUUUUCUUUCUAAGCCUGACCUCUCACCAGCAAAACAGUUAAUUCUUGGAGAGUUAACAGUUAAUUUUUGGAGAGUUGACACGUUCUAGUGAGGCAAUGUUUGCAGCCUGCCUGGCUCAUAGUAGAUGCUUAAUACAAUGUCAAGUUUUCUCCUAUUCCCCCUUCCCCCCCAGAGCAAAACCAAAGCCCCAGUUCCUGAAAGUUACCAGGCACAGGAAGUGUGGGGUCCCAAACAGCUCCUUCCGAGACUUUUGAUGACACUUUGAGCCUGACUCCUCCUUAUUCCUUGGCCCUCUACCCAACUCUCUCCAUACCCUACUCUUGGGUUUCAGGUUUUGUUUUGCAUAGCUUUUGUGGUCCGCAGUUCCCGUCUUCUCUUUCCCCCCCCCCCCCCCCCCAUUCUUCUCCAAGAAGGACUUUCUUAUCUAGACGUCAGAGGAUGUGAAACAAGGGAGAGAUGGAGCUGAAGGUAGGGUUGGGCAGGGGCCAUGGAAUAAAACACUUCAAGAACUUCCCUUUCAGGAGUGUGGAGUGGCCAACCUGGCAUAGACCAGUGUCUGUUCGGAAGGGCAAAAAAGGGAGUGGGAUUUAGUGACGUCAUGGGAUUGGAGGACACUGGUGGACAGGGGUGUGGUGGGUGGUGGUUUUGUAGGAAAAGGAGGAGGCCUUGCAACUGUAGGUGAGCCUUAUCUUGGGAAUUCAGGACAGGCACUGGGGGAACUCAGAGUGGGGAGGACAUGGGGACAGAGUGUGAAAAGAGGGGUGUGGGCUGGUUCACUGAGAAUAUGGGAAGUGAAAGGAUGUAGGAGGGCUUGCCUUACCCUCUGACGCGGUCUGGGGGCAGUCCCGCCGCCCAGACUGCGAAAGCCCCCAGACGUCCCCUGAGGACGCCUUCGCACGCGGCCGGAGGGGACCGCGAGGAGGGAGGAGCCUGGAGCCGUGGGCGGGGCCUCGAGGAUCCGCCCCCACCCCCCCUUCUCGCGCGGCCCGGGGCGCUCCCCUCGUCUGGCUCCCCUCCCUUCCGCGCUCGUGCCGGAGGGCGGAGCCGGGCUAGCUCCAUUGUGGAGAGGAGGGGAGAGGCGCGCGGGAGCCGCGCGGAGGCCCCGCCGCCAGCGCGCUUGCCUCCUGGUCGCCGCGGCUGCACCUGGCGGGCCCGCAGCCGUGAUGCGGCGGGCGUCCGGCACUGGCGGGCAGCGCAGCGGCUCCGGGGACAUGUGUGCUGGCCCAGACCGCCCGCGACCAUGAGCCUGACCGCCCGCGUCUCCUGCUCCAUGCUCAGCUGCUUCGGUGAGGAGGGGCCCCCCAGCCUGGAGUACAUCCAAGCCAAGGAUCUGUUUCCCCCCAAGGAACUAGUGAAAGAGGAGGAGAAUCUGCAGGUGCCCUUUACAGUGCUGCAGGGUGAGGGAGUGGAGUUCCUGGGCCGGGCAGCCGAUGCUCUCAUUGCCAUCUCCAACUACCGGCUGCAUAUCAAGUUCAAAGAUUCUGUCAUCAACGUCCCCCUCCGGAUGAUUGACACUGUGGAGAGCCGUGAUAUGUUCCAGCUGCACAUUGCCUGCAAGGACUCCAAAGUGGUGAGGUGCCACUUCUCCACUUUCAAGCAGUGCCAAGAGUGGUUGUCACGGCUAAGCCGGGCCACGGCGCGACCUGCCAAGCCUGAAGACCUCUUUGCCUUUGCCUACCAUGCCUGGUGCCUGGGGCUGACUGAGGAGGACCAGCAUACCCACCUGUGUCAGCCGGGAGAGCACAUACGAUGUCGGCAGGAGGCUGAGCUCACGAGGAUGGGCUUUGAUCUGCAGAAUGUCUGGAGAGUCUCCCACAUCAACAGCAACUACAAAUUGUGCCCCAGUUACCCGCAGAAGCUCCUGGUUCCUGUGUGGAUCACAGACAAAGAGCUGGAGAAUGUGGCUUCCUUCCGCUCCUGGAAGCGGAUCCCGGUGGUUGUGUAUAGACACCUCCGCAACGGGGCUGCCAUCGCCCGCUGCAGCCAGCCGGAGAUCAGCUGGUGGGGCUGGCGCAAUGCAGACGAUGAGUACCUGGUCACAUCCAUCGCUAAAGCCUGUGCCCUGGACCCGGGGACAAGAGCCACUGGGGGCUCCCUCAGCACUGGGAAUAGUGAUGCCAGCGAGGCAUGUGACACUGACUUCGAUUCCUCCUUGACCGCGUGCUCUGGAGUAGAGAGCACCGCAGCCCCCCAGAAGCUGCUGAUCCUGGACGCUCGCUCCUACACGGCAGCAGUGGCCAACCGGGCCAAGGGUGGAGGCUGUGAGUGCGAAGAGUACUACCCCAACUGUGAGGUCGUGUUCAUGGGGAUGGCCAACAUUCACGCCAUCCGGAACAGCUUCCAGUACCUCCGGGCUGUGUGUAGCCAGAUGCCUGACCCCAGCAACUGGUUGUCAGCCCUGGAGAGCACGAAAUGGCUGCAGCACUUGUCAGUGAUGCUAAAGGCGGCCGUGCUCGUGGCUAAUACCGUGGAUCGGGAGGGCCGGCCUGUACUGGUGCACUGCUCCGAUGGCUGGGACCGGACUCCACAGAUCGUAGCCCUGGCCAAGAUACUGCUGGACCCAUAUUACAGGACACUGGAGGGCUUCCAAGUUUUAGUAGAGUCUGACUGGCUAGAUUUUGGACACAAGUUUGGAGACCGCUGCGGCCACCAGGAGAAUGCAGAGGACCAAAACGAGCAGUGCCCGGUGUUCCUCCAGUGGCUUGAUUCUGUUCAUCAGCUGCUCAAGCAGUUCCCUUGCCUGUUUGAGUUUAAUGAAGCAUUCCUGGUCAAACUGGUGCAGCACACGUACUCCUGCCUCUACGGCACGUUCCUGGCCAACAACCCCUGCGAGCGAGAGAAGCGCAACAUCUAUAAGCGGACCUGCUCUGUGUGGGCUCUCCUGCGGGCUGGCAAUAAGAACUUUCACAACUUCCUCUACACACCUGGUUCCGACAUGGUCCUGCAUCCUGUGUGUCAUGUCCGGGCCCUGCACCUCUGGACAGCUGUUUAUUUGCCAGCAUCGUCUCCAUGUACACUCGGGGAGGAGACCAUGGAUCUCUACCUUUCUCCAGCGGCUCAGAGCCAGGAGUUCUCUGGCCGCUCUCUGGACAGAUUACCUAAAACCAGAUCAAUGGAUGAUCUGCUUUCUGCCUGUGACAUAAGCAGCCCCCUGACUCGCACAUCUAGUGACCCGAACCUCAAUAACCACUGUCAGGAGGCCAGAGUAGGCCUGGAGCCCUGGCAUAGCAAUCCUGAGGAAUCCGAGACCUUCGUGGAAUCUGGGGCAGGAGGUCCUCAGCAGCCUGUAGGAGAAAUGGGUCUUCCUUCCUCUCUGCCCAGCAGCCAGAAAGACUACUUGAGCAAUAAACCCUUCAAGAAUCACAGAAGCUGUUCUCCAAGUUACAAACUGCUUAGUACUGCAGUGCCCCAGGAGAUGAAGAGCAACAUCUCUGAUCCUGAGAUCCAAGUCCUGGAAGAGACUACGACACCAGCUCUAGACCCUCCUGCCCACAAUGAGCUGAGUAGGACUUCAGAUGGCAUGGAGGAACCACCUGAACCUUGUCCUGAAAAAGAAGCUGUCGGUGCACUCUCUGAAGUGGCUUCCAACAAAGGUCAUGGAGUUUGUGAUUUUCCUGAGUCUUCCCAGGACUCCCUUACAGGUGCCCCCCAACGGGCCUUGAUAAAUUCCAUGCUAGGUGUGCCCUCCAGAUGUGCUCCAGAUCACAGUCUGGGCACCCUUUGCAACCCACCAAGUGCUACCUGCCAAACUCCUCCAGAGCCAAGCACUGACUUCCUCAGCCAGGAUCCCCCGGGGUCUGUGGCAAGUAUCUCCCACCAGGAACAGCCCAGUUCUGUGCCAGAUCUGAUUCAUAAGGAGGAAUACACUGGCAAAAGAGGGAAUAUUAGGAAUGGGCAGUUACUGGAAAAUCCUCGCUUUGGGAAAGUGCCAUUGGAAUUGUCCCGAAAGCCAGUUUCUCAGAGCCAGAUCAGUGAGUUUUCUUUUUUAGGAUCCAACUGGGACAGCUUCCAAGGAAUGGUGACUUCAUUCCCAAGUGGGGAGACCACUCCUCGGCGGCUGCUUUCCUAUGGCUGUUGUAGCAAGAGGUCAAGCAACAAGCAGGUCUCCAGCACAAAGCCUGUUCCACUGAGCUGCCCUUCUCCAGUGCCUCCUCUCUACUUGGAUGAUGAUGGACUCCCCUUUCCUACGGAUGUGAUCCAGCAUAGAUUACGGCAGAUCGAAGCAGGGUACAAGCAAGAGGUGGAGCAGCUACGUCGACAAGUGCGUGAGCUUCAGAUGAGGCUCGACAUCCGUCACUGCUGUGCCCCUCCAGCAGAGCCACCCAUGGACUAUGAGGAUGAUUUUACAUGUUUGAAGGAGUCCGAUGGCAGUGAUAUAGAAGAUUUUGGCUCUGAUCACAGUGAGGACUGCCUUUCAGAAGCAAGCUGGGAACCUGUUGAUAAGAAAGAGACUGAGGUGACUCGCUGGGUUCCAGACCAUAUGGCAUCACAUUGCUAUAACUGUGACUGUGAGUUCUGGUUGGCCAAACGAAGACACCAUUGCAGAAAUUGUGGGAAUGUGUUUUGUGCUGGCUGCUGCCACCUGAAGUUGCCCAUUCCUGAUCAACAACUCUAUGACCCAGUUCUCGUCUGUAACUCAUGUUACGAACACAUCCAAGUAUCUCGUGCCAGAGAACUCAUGAGCCAACAUCUGAAGAAACCCAUUGCUACAGCUUCCAGCUGAAUGCCAGAGGAGAUGACCUGUCCAAUUUUAGCAGGUUUGAAGGGAGGAUCUGCUUCAGGUGUAUUUUUGAAGGUUCCUUGGUAUGGCUCAUGAAAUCACAGAGCUCAAAGUUACCGUCUUGAGAAAUCCUCCUUGGUACCAUAGACUGGAGCAGAGGAAUUCCAAUUUGGCAGGAGGUCUUCUACUGGUGAGCCCCUCACCUUGGGGUAAUGGUUCUGGAUCCAGACCCAGAGUCUGGAAGCUUAAUGUUGAGUUGGUGACUCCCACUUUUCUCCUGGGGGGGUGGUCACAAGAUGAUGAUUUCAUAGAUACUGCCUGAUGAUGUGCCCCAAACAGCAAUAGAAAGGCAUAUGUAUAACCAAACUCCAAGUGAUAAACAGAUUCAUCUCUCCUCCACCUUGAAAAAAGCAGAUUCUAGUAUAUAAGAUAGGAAUUCCUAUUUGAAACGAACUAUAUUCUGUUCCUCUGUGCUCUGUGUCUGUGCAUGAAGGCUCAGUCUUUAGAGGCACUCCCUCUAGUUGCAGUAGUUCUGUCUUUCUGUGGAGUUGGUAUAAAGACUGGUUCUGCAAGUGGAGGUUCUGCUGUAUCUUUUCACUUGGCUCAUCAGCCAGGAUCAGUGAAUAUUCACUUUAGAGCAACAGUUCUAAGGAGUGAGACAUUUUGGGGAGCAGAGGAAAACUCUGCUGGUGUUCCGUUCUGGCAAAAAUCUGUUAUUUGGAGCUGUGAAGGCAGUAAGUAGUCUCUGUUACUCAGUGGCAGCUCUUGAGGUAUGCACUGUGAAGAAUGAGAAGGGAAAAGCAGAAAUGAUCCUUGUCAAAUAUUUGCUGAUUGUGCCCUGCCCUUUGCGCCUGACUUUUCCUAGUUGUCCUGGUGCUAACACAGGAGUUACACCUUGAUCCUCUCCUGGCAUGAAAAUAAAACAAUGGUUUUUUGUUGUUGUUGUUGUUGUUGUUCCAUUGCCCACUUCCCUAAUGUUGUCUUUCCCUUGGCUGCUGCCUCCUCUGGGUCACACUGCUUCUUAUCCUGAACACUUGACACCUUGAGGGUAGAAUUUAGCAUUUGGUUUUUACCUCCUAGAAUAUGCUGUUUGGUAUGUGAGGGUUUCAGUACAAAUGCUGCUGUCUUAUUUCUGUGCACUUAACAAUGGAACCCAAACAGAAGAGAAAAAAGCCUUGAUACCAAAAUUGGGAGAGAAAAUGCGUCCACUUGGACCAAACAUUGGUGUUUUUUUUUUGUUGUUGUUGUUGUUUUUUUUGGUCUGUCUGUCUUUUUUUGUUUUGGUUUCAUCUUAAUAUGUACCAGUGGCACUUAACCAAAAGAUACAGUGACAUAGCCAUGUACUGUGGUUGGGACAGAUAUAGUCUCCUUGACCUAUAAUGAAACCACUAGUAUUUCCUUUAUACAUUUUCCUUAAUCCAUGGGUGUAUAAAACGUAAAUUACACUUAGGCUUAUCCUGUUUUAAAACUAUGGUAGCUGUCUGUCUAACUGCUACUUUCAUGUUGCUUCCUAGAAAAAAAAUUUUCAUUUGAAAAUAACUAGGAUCUGCAUUUAGAACAAGAAUUGUUACUUGUCCUGACCUUUUCUUCAGUCCUACAGAGAAGCAUCUGUGCUUUUAUACUUGUCAUGGAUGUAACCUAAAAAGUUUCGGCGUAUUUAGGUCAGCCUAGCAGAACUUUUUUUCAUUUAAAUGGAGUUGAAUAAUGGAGAUUUGUGUCUGGGAAAUUCCUGAGAUCAUUGAAAAAGUAACAAACUAUUCCUUGUCUCUGAUAUGUAAAAUUCUCCUAAGCAUUUCUCAAUCAUUAAAAUUUACUGCCAGUUGCGAGUGGCUUUUUAAUUAACUUGAGUUUCAUUGCACUUCACUCUGCCCAUUUUCAGGGGGAGUAAGAUUGGUAACAUUUGAGGAGACUGUAUCUGUCUACUUUUGUGUGGCUGUUUUGAGGGACUGUCCCAUCAGUGAACAUACUGCAUGGCCUUGGAGAGAGACUCUGGGCUCUCAGCUCAGAUGUAUUCAUCAAAUAACUCCUUUCAGAGCUCUUGUGGGUGUAAGUGACAUGAUGUGGCCAAAAAUCCAAACUGUGCAGUUGCGUUGUGACAAACAUGCAAUGUGCUGUAAAAACUCAAUACAGUUUAAAUAAAAUCUCUAUAUUAGU